GCGGUUAGGAAGCAGCGAAGAAGAAGCGCAGCUAGCAGCUAGCCAGUUAGCUUCCUCCGUCAUGGCGGAACUGAACCGACAGCUGCAGGAGUAUCUGGCGCAGUCCAAAGGCGGCGGCGCCAAGACCAUCUCCCAGUCCAGCUCCAGCACCACGGUGGACCUGGACGACCCGGAGCCGGUACCCGGGAGCUGGUUCGGGCGGUGGUCGCGCCCGUGGUCCGGGGGCCGCGGCGGCAGUCCCUCCGGGCAGAGCUCCGGCGGACACGGCGGGUUUUCCUGGCCGUGGUCGGCCGAGCCGGACCCGUGCCUGCCGGGCCUGAGCCGCCGGCAGCGGCUGGUGGCCUGCGGGGUCUGCGCGUGCUUCUCCGCGCUCUGCUUCGGGCUGUCCGCGCUGUACGCGCCGCUGCUGCUGCUCUACGCCCGCAAGUUCGCGCUGCUCUGGUCGCUCGGUUCGCUGUUCGCCAUCGCGGCCGCGGCGAUGCUGCGGGGCCCCAGCAGGCUCGCCGCCGGCCUGCCCACCUCCCCGGGGGCCGCGGUGUACCUGUGCGCCCUGGGCGGGACUCUGUACGCGGCGCUGAGCCUCCACAGCACCGUGCUCACCGCGCUGGGAGCCGCGCUGCAGGUCACCGUCAUCGUCGGGUACGUGGUGUCGCUGCUGCCGGGGGGCAGCGCCGGGAUCCGGUUCAUGGGGGGCAUGGCGGCGUCCGCCAUCAAAAGGACCGUCACCGGGAAAACCAUGCCGAUCUGACCCGGUGUCUGACCCGGGACCCGGUGUCGGAGAGCGGACUGAACUCAAAGGCUUUAAAGGCCGAGUCCCCAAACCGGGUCCGGGGGCCUCCGGGACCUGGAGAGGACCAACUUUAUUUUGUUUAAACAUUCCACGGCAGGCUGAUUAUUGAUCAUCGGCUGCCGUAACAGAUAGUUGGAGACUGGAACUGAGGCAGGAUCCUGGAGGUGGAGGACCUGGACCCUGACCUGCAGGACCCUGCUGCCGCUCAGGACCUGGACCCUGACCUGCAGGACCCAGCUCCCGAGCAGACCACCACAGAAAGACUUUAAAGUGUGAUAACAUGUAUCUGGGUGUUUGGAACUGGUGUGAGUGAAGAAAUCUCUUUAAUACAGGAAAUAAAAAUCUGAUCAGAA